AGCCCCUCGGCAAGGUCCCAGGCGGGAGGGCCUGCCAAUCCGAUCUCUUGCGGCAACUCCCAGCUGCGAGGUCAAGAGUCAGGCUCGCUUCGCAUGGACUCAGGCACUGGCCCAGGACUGCAAGUGCCCCGCGGCCGGCCGUCACCCCGCUCGCCCCGCGCCAAGGGCGCUGACCCGGGGCCGGGAGGCGCGCGCCGCGGGCGGCCAUAGGCUGCGGGGCGGGACGGGAGGGGACGAGGCGGGACCUGCCCCGGCCCCUGGGGCGGCCGGAGCGCGUGGGGCACGGGCCGGGAGUGGGAGCGACCGUGUGUGUGCGGGGCGCUGGGCAGGUCUGCCUCCCGCCCGGGGCUCGUUCGGGACCCAGACGCUGAGCGCAGCCUCUGGCCGGGGAGUUUUCAGCGGCGGGGGGACAACCGAGGGGGCGAUCCCGGAGUUCGGAGGCACUACUGGACGCGGCUCUUCGGUUUUUCUAGUUUUCAACUAGCGAAGACGGUGCUUGGGUAUCAGAGACAUGAAUUACGCACGGUUCCUCACCGCCACGAGCGCAGCGAGAAAGCCUUCCGCCAUCCGAGUCGUGAGAUUAGAUGGCAGGCACCUGUGCAGAUGUGUGCGGAGUGGGGAGGGCCUGAUCAAGUGGAGAGAAAAGGAGGGAGCCUGAAGCCUGAGGGGCAGCUGAGAAAUGGAGCAAGGCACCGCCAUCAGUCAUCUCCUUGGCUACUGGAUCACCAAACCCCAACACAUUCCCUUUUAAGACUGCUGUGAUCACCAUAAAAAAUGGAAAGCCCAUCCAAUUUGGUGAAGAGACGAUGAAGAGAGCACUUCAGUAUUCUCAAAGUGCUGGAAUCCCAGAGCUGUUGUCCUGGCUAAAACAGUUACAAGUAAAAUUGCAUAAUCCUCCCACCAUCAGUUAUCCAACCAGCCAAGGACAGAUGGACAUAUGCAUAACAUCUGGCAGCCAAGAUGGUCUUUGCAAGGUGUUUGAAAUGAUCAUUAAUCCUGGAGAUAAUGUCCUCCUAAAUGAACCUGUUUAUUCAGGAACACUUCAAGCUCUGAAGCCACUGGGCUGCAACAUCAUUAAUGUAGCCAGUGAUGAAUAUGGGAUUAUUCCGGACUCCCUCAAAGAAGUACUUUCCAAAUGGAAACCAGAAGACUCAAAGAACCCUAAGAAAAACACCCCCAAAUUUCUUUACACUGUCCCAAAUGGCAACAACCCUACUGGAAACUCAUUGACAAGUAACCGCAAGAAGGAAAUCUAUGAGCUCGCAAGAAAAUAUGAUUUCCUCAUCAUAGAAGAUGAUCCUUACUAUUUUCUCCAGUUCAGCAAGUCCUGGAUACCAACAUUUCUUUCCAUGGAUGUUGACGGUCGUGUCAUCAGAGCUGACUCUUUUUCAAAAGUCCUCUCCUCUGGGUUGAGAAUAGGAUUUAUAACUGGUCCGAAACCCUUAAUAGAGAGAGUUGUCUUACACACACAAGUUUCAAACUUGCACACCAGCACUUUUACACAGCUGCUGGUAUCACAGCUUCUACACCAAUGGGGAGAAGAGGGUUUCCUGGCUCAUAUAGAGAGGGUUACUGACUUCUAUAGGAACCAGAAGGAUGCAUUACUGGCAGCUGCAAACAAAUGGUUAAGUGGUUUGGCAGAAUGGCAUGAUCCUAUUGCUGGAAUGUUUUUAUGGGUUAAAAUUAAGGGCAUUUCUGAUGUAAAACAACUGAUUGAAGAAAAAGCCGUUAAGAAAGAGAUAUUAAUGCUUCCCGGGAAUGUUUUCUACAUCGAUAGCUCAGCUCCCAGCCCUUACUUCAGAGCGUCCUUCUCUUCAGCGUCUCCAGAACAGAUGGAUGUGGCCUUCCAGAGAUUAGCCCAACUUAUUAAAGAAUCCUUAUGAAGAAAUCAAACUCUUUAUAACGAAAUCAAAAUCUUCCAUGGGUUUUUCACAUAAGUUAUUUUUAGCUUUUAGCAGGAAGAAAUGAUCAUUGGCAUUAGACUUACAGAUUGGAUUUCAACAAGCAAGUCAUAUUUGCAGUAAUUUAACUAGACAACUUUUAAAGUGCCCUUGAAUUCAUCACAUUGAAAUAUAUUUAUAAUCCACUUCUACCUUUUGAUAAAUUUUCACCCUGCAAAAAUUAUUUUUAUCCUGGAUUUUAUUAUAAAGAGCUCUAGUUGCUUUAUGGUUUUGCAUAAAUUUUCCUUGAAACUAACAUUUUACAAUAAAUUAUAUUGAAAAUGUAAGAAAAGAAAUUCAAAAUGGUAUAUAAUGUGAACUUUUUCUAUUUUUAGGAAAAUUUAAUGAAAGCUUAUUGCAAAAAUUGUUAGAAUUUGGGGCGCCUGGGUGGCACAGCGGUUAAGCAUCUGCCUUCGGCUCAGGGCGUGAUCCCGGCGUUAUGGGUUCAAGCCCCACAUCAGGCUCCUCCGCUAUGAGCCUGCUUCUUCCUCUCCCACUCCCCCUGCUUGUGUUCCCUCUCUCGCUGGCUGUCUCUAUCUCUGUCGAAUAAAUAAAUAAAAUCUUUAAAAAAAAAUUGUUAGAAUUUGACCAUUAUAAAUGAUUUUCAGUAAUAGUACCAAAGACGACAUGUUGCGCCACAGAAAUCCCUUUAAAAUAAAAUUCUGA